CGGCCGCCGCGCUGUGGGGGUGGGUGUGGGGGAGGCCCUCGGUCUCUGGGUCCUGUGGUGGUGCGGGGCCAGCUCUGUGUGGUGUGCGGAGGAGGCGCGGGCGUGGAGGCGGGAGCGAGGGUACACUGCUUGGUUCCUUCUCUCCACGGUGGUCUCACAUCUGAAACAUGGCUACGGAUUGGCUGGGCAGUAUUGUGUCCAUCAACUGUGGAGAUAGCUUGGGUGUCUAUCAGGGAAGAGUGUCAGCAGUGGAUCAGGUCAGCCAGACCAUUUCUCUCACCCGGCCUUUCCACAAUGGGGUGAAGUGCCUUGUGCCAGAAGUCACCUUCAGGGCAGGUGACAUUACAGAAUUAAAAAUUCUGGAGAUACCAGGUCCUGGAGAAAACCAACAUUUUGGAGACCUUCAUCAGACAGAAUUGGGCCCCUCUGGUGUUGGGUGCCAAGCAGGCGUCAAUCAGAAUGGCACGGGCAAGUUGGCCAAGAAGCCAGCCUCUUCCAGCAGUGCCCCUCAGAACAUCCCUAAGAGGACAGAUGUGAAGAGCCAAGAAGUUGCCGUUUCUCCUCAGCAGCAACAGUGCUCAAAGAGCUAUGUGGACAGGCACGUGGAAUCCUUGAGUCAAUCCAAAAGUUUCCGUCGCCGGCACAACUCUUGGUCAUCUAGUAGCAGGCACCCAAAUCAGGCAACUCCAAAGAAAAGUGGCUUAAAGAAUGGCCAGAUGAAGAAUAAAGACGACGAGUGCUUCGGGGAUGACAUUGAGGAGAUCCCAGACACAGAUUUUGAUUUCGAAGGGAACCUGGCCCUUUUUGACAAGGCAGCUGUGUUUGAGGAGAUUGAUACCUAUGAGAGGAGAAGUGGUACCCGUUCCCGGGGCAUCCCAAAUGAGCGGCCUGCUCGGUACCGCCACGAUGAGAACAUCCUGGAGUCAGAGCCCAUUGUCUACCGGCGGAUCACAGUGCCCCACAGUGUGAGCAAGGAGUUCUGCACAGACUCUGGCCUGGUUGUCCCAAGUGUUUCCUAUGAGCUGCAUAAAAAGCUGUUGUCUGUGGCUGAGAAGCAUGGCUUGACCCUGGAGCGGAGGCUGGAGAUGACAGGCGUGUGUGCCAGUCAGAUGGCCCUGACCCUGCUUGGAGGACCCAACAGGUUGAAUCCCAAAAAUGUUCACCAGAGGCCUACAGUGGCCCUGCUCUGUGGGCCCCACGUGAAGGGGGCUCAGGGUAUCAGCUGUGGAAGGCACCUAGCCAACCAUGAUGUCCAGGUCAUCCUCUUCCUGCCCAACUUUGUGAAGAUGCUGGAAUCCAUCACCAACGAGCUCUCUCUCUUCAGCAAGACCCAAGGGCAACAAGUGUCUAGCCUCAAAGAUCUGCCCACUAGCCCCGUGGACCUGGUGAUCAACUGCCUGGAUUGCCCUGAGAACGCCUUCCUGCGAGAUCAGCCCUGGUACAAGGCAGCUGUGGCAUGGGCCAACCAGAACCGGGCACCAGUACUCAGCAUAGACCCUCCUGUGCAUGAAGUAGAACAGGGCAUUGAUGCCAAGUGGUCACUGGCUCUGGGCCUGCCUCUGCCUCUGGGGGAGCACGCGGGCCGCGUCUACUUGUGCGACAUCGGCAUUCCUCAGCAGGUAUUCCAGGAGGUGGGCAUCAACUACCACUCACCCUUUGGGUGCAAGUUUGUCAUCCCACUGCACUCUGCCUAGAGGGGCUCUGGGCAGGCUGGACCCUGCAGUCCCCUGCUGCUCCUGACACUGAACUUGACAACGAACGCCUUAAGGAUUUGAAGCUUCAUGGACCUUGUUAAAAUUUUUUCUUUUGGGUUUGUUCUAUGAGAGAACAGAUCAUAUUUAAAACUGACCUGUCACCUGCCCUUAGCCAGGGAAGGCUUUCCCACUGGGUGUGCAGGGCGGGUGGCAGGCUGAGUGUGCACCGUGGCUCCAGGCAUCUCUACACCCUGCCCCCUGCGUGGCCAGGUGGGGCUUUGUUUACAGACUUAGGCAGCUCUGACUGUGUUUCAGGUUUACGGCCACUGGGCCUGGGCGAGCACCUCAAGGGGUGGGGCAGUCCUGUCUGGAGGCCUGUGCUCGCUGUUCCAGAGCUUGUGGCUUUGCCUCCCCUGCUUCCCCGCAGCCAGGCAGCCCUUCCUCUGAUCAUGUGGAACUGGCUGCGCCGUGCUGUCCACUAGAGGGCAGACUUGCGCUCUCCAUUCAAUGUGAGGGCUUUGAGGCCUUCCCUGAGCCCCACAAGUUCAUUUGGGGGCUUUUGACCCUUUGUCCCGAGCUGAUCCAGGUUUUAUGCUGGGUUUUUUUUUUUUUUUCUCCCUAGAGUCCUUCCUCCUUUCCACUCCAUUGCUCUGAGAGGCAGGGAAGGGGGGUGGAAUCAGAAUGGUUUUACUAUAUUGGGAUUUUUUGGUUUUUUUUGUUGUCUUCAGCACAGGUAGUGUAAGGUUAUGUUACGACAGAACCACAGUGCCCACCUUGCCAGCAGUGCCCCCCAACCCCAUACUCUCUAGCUGGGGGCUGAGCCUUUGCCUAGUCGGGCCAGACCCUCAGGGUGCAGGUUUAUUGUUCAGUAUUGGGGAGGCCCCUGGGGGAGCCUGGUGCUGAGCCAGAAGAGGCUCCCUGGUGCUUCUGUCCUAGGCCACCACUCCCCCUCACCUCCUUGCGGGCACACACAUAGCCCCAUUUUCUUCUGCCCUUCCCCUGAAAUGGUCCUCUGCAGCUGUGAUCCCAGAGUAGGGCUCCACCCUGGCUUUCACAGUACCUGGGCCUUGAACCCUUUAUGAUUGUCCUCUCUAGAUAAGUAGGCUCGGGGCCAGCUCCCUGUCUCAAGGUUGCCAAAAUGAGGCUAGUUCUGGAUGAGCUAGCUGGUGGGGCUCAGCUUUAGGAACACUGCUGCUCGGAUCCUAAGGCAGAGCCCCAGAACGCUUGCAGGCCUGGGCCCGGGAGGCUGGUAACCGUGCCCUAGAGUUCCUGGGAGGGGCCCUUACAAAAGGCUUGUGCUUUAAAGCCUUUUUCAGGGCGCUAGGCUUCCUUCUGCUCUGUGCUCACCCAGUCUGUUAAGGGGGUGAGUGGAAGGGCUUGCCAAGAAUCAUGGACACAGGGUAGGCCCUGAUAACAUGGGUUUCAGGCUACUUACCACUUUUCUUACAGGAGCAUAGCCAGGAACAGAUGAGGCAGGGCAGAGAGGGCUGGUCCCUCUCUUCCUCCCAUCCUCCUUCCUUCAAAUGUAAAAUUGUUUCCAGCAGGGGAAGAAGGCCAGUAACUGUGAAUCCUGCGCUGUGUAUCCUUCCUGAGCCUCUGCUCAUUCUCAGGGCCAAGAAGCUCCAAAAAUGGGGCCCUCUCUUUAGAGGCAGGGCCGUAAUCUGAGGAGCAGUGCUGGAUUACAGACAUUCUGGUAAGCAACCAUUUAAACAGGUUCUGGCUGCCUGUUGAUGCAGUUAGGCCCCCUGAUUGGGUACAGUGAAAAAUGACGUAGAAGACUGCCCGCUCCAGUAAGUCACAGUGGCCCUGGAGGUAACGGCCUUGUUGAGGGGCCACUGGGAGUUGAUGCCCAAGCCUCUCCCUCUUCCCAGGUGGCACUGGAGCCUCUUCCUGCCCUCAGCCUGGGCCUUCUCCAGUGGUAGUAAAGAUAAGCAUGAUUCCUCUAUCUUUAGCUCUCCCUAGAGGCAUCCUGCCCACAGUGCCCAAUCCCCAAGGGGCCCCAGUUAGGUGGCCAAGACUAUCACUCAUGCAGCUCUUGGGGAACCAAAAACCAGCACUAAAAUAAAGCUGAAUGACGGAG